AAACUGCGCAAUAGCAAUAUACAUACAGUACAUCGCAAUAGCAAUACAAACAGUAUGAAGAAGAUAGUAGAUGAUGCAAAUAAAUAACACAAACAAACAUUAGGUCAAGAAAGACUUCAAUUAACCAAAAUGGGAGUGAGAAUCUAAACUGUUUAUUAGUGAUAAAUCGGUGAUCAGUGAACAUAUUAACAGAAGUAUGUGAAACAACAACACAAGAUCAAUAUAGACUUUGACCUGUUUACAAGUUAGCAUGUAUGCUCUAAAUGCUUAAUAAGGCUGUAAACAUUAAAAGUACGGUACACAUAUUGUUGAAAAAUAUUACAAAAUGGCAAAACUACACUUAACAUUGAAGCUGAAGAAAAACAAUAUUAAAUUCAUUGGACCAUUUCCUAAACCUGAGAAUUAUGAUACUCUCAAGGACUACCAAAUACCUACUUCUAUAUCAAAGAAUCAAGAACGCUUGUCAGAAUUUAUAAAAUAUGUAUCAUCAAAAGUAAAUGUGAAAAACAGAUACAUACCAGAUGAACUGGAAGAAAAUAAAGAAUAUAUAGAAAACAUUGUGAAGAAAGUAUGUUACGAUUUUGGCAAACACACACCAAAAUAUGAAGAUGAACCGAAUCUGAUAUUUGAAACAAACAGUUGUGCCAGACGUGGAAGCUCAUAUGAAGAGACUAAAAUUUUAUCUCCAAAUGAAUAUGACUUUAUUCCUAUCCUUACAUGGUCUGGUGAUGAAGCAGUCAAAGUAGAGAUGGUUGGAGUUAAUUGUGAGCUUGUGGAUCAGGGAUAUGGUUUCAUAAAUGUCAAAUAUGGAGAUCUCCAUAGUAGACUACCUGACUGGCAUUUUACAGCUAAUCCGCCAGGUGUGAACAAUCCUGGUUCUAGCAAACUGAACACAAAUUUUCUUUCAGUGCUGAAUCUUCGAAUGAAAUCCUAUCUAAGUGAGAGCAAUGAAUUGAAUUUCAUUGGUGAGAAAGAUCACAAAGUUGACCCUGAAUCUCCAUACCCACUAGGAAGUUUGAGCAUCCAUGAGGGUUAUCAUGCUACAAGUAUUUGGUUUAGAAUUGGUGCCCCGAUCUGCACAACUGACGUUGAUCUCUCGUUUGCAGUGGAGAAUAUGAAGAUUACACAAGGAAGGCGUGUUAUGGUGAGUGAACGCCGGAAAAUGGAAUGUUCAAGGUGUGAUGGGAGUCGAGGAGAAUCCCAUUGGACUGAAUCACUUAUUGAUCCAGGUCCUCAAGCAGACCCAGAUACUCAUACAUUAACAAGCAAUCACCUUCAUUUAUUCCUUGCAUUUAAGUAUGUAAAUCACAUGAUGAACAAAAUUCUUAAGAUAAAAACAGAUUCUUCCUCGUAUUCCUAUAAAAUGUUGCUGCUCCACCACCAGAAGGGUUGUAAGAAUGAUCAAGUGGGACAAUGCCUUGAGGAAAUAGUCAGCCGAUUCUUUACACAUGAAAGUCAAAUUGUCAACACCUGUGAGAGUCAAAGCGUAGACACAUAUGAGAGUCAAUGUGUAGACACACAUGAGAGUCAAUGUGUAGAAACACAUGAGAGUCAAUGUGAAGACACACAUGAGAGUCAAUGUGUAGCCACACAUGAGAGUCAAUGUGUAGACACACAUGAGAGUCAAUGUGAAGACACACAUGAGACUCAAUGUGAAGACACACAUGAGAGUCAAUGUGUAGACACACAUGAGAGUCAAUGUGUAGCCACACAUGAGAGUCAAUGUGUAGACACACAUGAGAGUCAAUGUGUAGACACACAUGAGAGUCAAAGUAUAGACACACAGGAGAGUCAAUAUGUAGACACACAAGAUAGUCAAUAUGUAGACACACAAGAGAGUCAGUGUGUAGAUACACAUGAGAGUCAAUGUGUAGACACACAUGAGAGUCCAUGUGUAGAUACACACAAGAGUCAAUGUGUAGACACACAUGAGAGUCAAUGUGGAGACACACAUGAGAGUCAAUAUGUAGACACACAAGAGAGUCAAUGUGUAGACACACAUGAGAGUCAAUGUGUAGACACACAUGAGAGUCCAUGUGUAGAUACACAUGAGAGUCAAUGUGUAGACACACAUGAGAGUCAAUGUGUAGAUACACAUGAGAGUCAAUGUGUAGACACACAUGAGAGUCAAUGUGUAGACACACAUGAGAGUCCAUGUGUAGAUACACACGAGAGUCAAUGUGUAGACACACAUGAGAGUCAAUGUGUAGAAACACAUGAGAGUCAAUGUGUAGACACACAUGAGAGUCAAUGUCAAUGUGUAGACACACAUGAGAGUCCAUGUGUAGAUACACACGAGAGUCAAUGUGUAGACACACAUGAGAGUCAAUGUGUAGAAACACAUGAGAGUCAAUGUGAAGACACACAUGAGACUCAAUGUGAAGACACACAUGAGAGUCAAUGUGAAGACACACAUGAGAGUCAAUGUGUAGACACACAUGAGAGUCAAUGUGUAGAAACACAUGAGAGUCAAUGUGAAGACACACAUGAGACUCAAUGUGAAGACACACAUGAAAGUCAAUGUGAAGACACACAUGAGAGUCAAUGUGUAGACACACAUGAGAGUCAAUGUGUAGACACCCAUGAGAGUCAAUGUGUAGAAACACAUGAGAGUCAAAGUGUAGACACAUCAAGUCAAUGUAAAGACACACGUGAGAGUGAGAGCCAAAGUGAAGACACACAUGGCAGUAAAAGUGAAGAUCUUGAUACUGAUAUUUAUACUAUUAAUACAAGCCAGUAUGAAAUACCAGAUAUAAAUUAUCCCAAGAGGAAGAUUAUACUUAAAAUCAGUAUUGAUGAAUGUACGGUAUUAUUAUGGAUUAUGCAACAUGUGAAACAUACCACUGAGACAUCCUGGUGGGACAUGCUUCUGCAGGAAGACCUCAAAGCAGAUGAUAUCAAAGAACCUGAUAUACUUCAUUCAUUGGUGGACACAUUGAAACAAAUUGAUACAUUUCAUUUCAACAGAGAACUCAAGAUCGGUUCAGUCCUUGAAGUAGAGUGGCUCCAUAAGGAUAACACUAAGACAGUAUUCAGAUUCAUUAAGGAAGUAGAUUCAGGUUCAGAUCCAGAUCUUACAGCCAUUAUGGACUCACUCCCAGAUCUGACAUCAGAUAUGUUCACUCUUCCAGAUGUAUCACCAAUUAUAGACUCUAUUGAUCAUCUAAUGGCCAAGUUAGACUCAAUCCCAGAUCUAUUUCUAGAUGGAAACUUUGAUUCUGAAUAAUAGAUAGUAACUAAGCUAAUCCAUGGGUCAGUUGGAUGUAAGCAACUAUGGUCCAGGGGACAGUUGCAUGUAAAUAACCAAGAUCCAGGGGAAGUUGUUUAUAAAUAAAUAAGGUCCAGGGGACAAUUUCAUGUAAAUAACUUACAUAAUCAGUAUACUUAAGGAAUAAAGGUUCAAGAUGAUAUAUGGUGCUAUAUAUGACUGAUCAUUAUUCUGAUCAUUGUUAGAAGACUGAAAUUGAAAUGAUGUUAAGCACAGCAUAUUUAUCAUAUAGAGUAUGACAACCCUAGAUUAAUAAAGGGAUUAAUACAGCUGUUAACAUAAUGCUCUUGAUGAUAGAUUAUGAGUUGUAUCUUCCAAGUAUUUACAUUAAAAAAAUAGUAAAAACUUUUAAUAACUUUUCUCAAGCACAAAAUU